UAUAUAAAAUAGCCAUCAGCGAGAUUUCAGCACACUCUCCUUCGGCGAACGAUUCACACGGAAUUAUGCUCCUAACAACUUUGUCUCUUUUCACACUUUUAUCCCUCACCAACGCUGGGGUGCUGAGAUUUGAUCCUAGGAUCGUGAACGGAGAGGAUGCUAGAGUAGGAGAAAUCCCCUACCAGGUAUCCCUUCAAAAUAAGGGCAAUUCAUUCCAUUUCUGUGGUGGAUCCGUUCUUAAUGAAAACUAUGUUAUCACCGCCGCUCAUUGUGUCUCUGCCAAAACAGCGCCAAAUAUCAAGGUAAUUGUUGGUACGAUAGAUUUGACUGCCCCAAAGUCUGAACACAAUGUUAUGAAAAUCAUCAUUCACGAAAAGUAUAACAAGGAUGAUUCAUGGAAGAACGACAUUGCUCUGCUCAAGGUCGAGAAACCAUUUGUGAAGUCCAAACAAAUUGCCUUUGUUCCACUUCCACCAAAGGACCAACUUGUUAAAGCCAAUGAUAAGGCAGUAGUCUCUGGAUGGGGCACACUUCGGUUAGAUGGUCCCACACCCGUUCACCUACAACGUGUCAACAUCUUGAUCGCCGAUCAAGAGUACUGCAAAAACACAUACAAAGGCAGCCAAAACAUUUAUGAUUCGCAUGUUUGUGCUUAUGACCCAAGCGUAGAGAAGGGAUCAUGCAACGGUGACUCCGGUGGUCCAUUGACUGUCAAUGGAAUACUCACUGGUCUCGUAUCUUGGUCAAGGGGUUGUGCCCGUACUGACUAUCCCAGUGUCUAUACACGUGUAUCAGCUUAUAUUGACUGGAUAAAAUCGCAUGCCGUUUAAAUUCAACCAUCGAAAUAGAAAUCGAACGUAACAAAAGGAAAUGCGACGAGCUCAUUACGAUCAGUCAUUAUGAAAUAUUUUCAUAAUUUGUAUAUUGAAUACAUACACUUUUGGAAUAUUGGAAUAACAUCGAAAUUUAUAAAAAUAUAUUAAAGAACAUCUAAAAUUAAAAUGUA